UUGAACUUUGCUGCUCGAUGCCGUCGGAAGCCUCCCCAUGUGGCCCAGCAGCUUUGCAGCCGAGCAGGUAGACGAGCGCCGCCGGGUAGCAGCCGAGCUCAACGAGAGGUUUCAAGAGGGCCUACUGGUGAAAUUACUGGCGACCUCCCCUGGGGGCACUGAGGGGUCUGGCUUUGACAAGAAGAUUGCCCAGCUGCUGGGCUUGAGACACGGGCGACAGUCCAAGGAGGAGGGCUACAACCCGCUGCCGUGGCAGCUUGAGGAGUGGCCACGGUGCAAGGAUCACUCGUCUGGCAAGGGCAUUGCAGGCAAUUGGUUCACUUCUGCUUCUUUGGUGAGCCGCCGACUUGCGGAGCCUUCGCGUGAAAGCGAGAGUGGCACAGCUCUCUACGGUUGCAACCGCUAUGCCUGUGGCAGGACCAUGGAGUCGCACAAGGUUCUAGCAGUUUUUCAGCCCCACCCCAUCGUGGGCUGUGGCUUUGUGGAGGACGCAGGCACUAACCAGGCGGGAGAGUUCACUGGCUGCGCAGAAGAGUGGAAAGGAGCGCCAGGCUUUAGCUCUCGGUGCUUGGGAACCCCCGACGACUGCACCUUCCGCCGUGCUGGUGGGGACUUUGGCGAGGAUAAUCGCGGUGUUUGGCGCGUGGACCAGAAGUUCUUGUCUCAGAAACUGCACUUCAGCGGCCGCUUUGACCCCCAGUCCCCAGGCGCUCAACUCUUUGCGGAGGAGCAGCGCCGGUUCAACCCGAAGCCCUCGAGGCAACAGUUUGAGGCGGGUGAAAAGAUCCACACCAUGGGCUACAACGAGAUCAUGGUUCAGGUGGGCACGCCAAGCAUGCUUUUUGAGGAGAUGCGCAAGGAAGGCGUCGUGCAAAAGCGCUUCAGCAUAAACCAGCUGCGGCUCUGGCAGUGCCGCACCAACGGUGUCGCAGCCUUUGCGCGGGUGAAACUGCCACCCACGGAGCUGGAUGAGCACACAAGGCAAGUGGAGAAUUGCCGCUGGGAAGUGUUUCGCAAGAUGCGAGACGCCUACGAUGUGGCUUGUGGCCGGGCAGAGCCCACGCCAAUCCUCUAUUUCGACAUGUCCGCGUUUGAGAAGCCCUUCUCUGCCCCGGACGUGCAGGAGCUGUUCCCCAGCCAAGAACGGUGCAACAGCAGUUUGGCGCAGCCGGAAAAGGGUGAGACGUUCUAG